CGAGGAAAGCCGAGGCGAGCCGAGCACAGCCGAGUAUGAGCCAACAGUAACUGCGGCAAGUAGAGAUGGAGAACUGAAAGACACGUACAACAUGGCGGAGGCCGUUGUGGACGGGAGUCCGAUGUCUCGGUUUUUUUGCCACAAAUGCAGCGUCGAAAUCGAGCGUCUGCUGCCGAAUUACACAUGUCCACGAUGCGCAUGUGGUUUCAUCGAAGAGCUGGAAAGCAGCAGCAAUGAAGGCAGCUCAGGUAUGGACGUGAACAGUGAAGACCUGAGCGAUGGAGAUAUUGACAUCUUGACUUACAAUCCAAUGCUCUCAGCACAGCGUGUAGAUCGUGAUCGUGACAUAAUAGAGAUGAUAAUGGGUCUCUCAAAUACUUAUACCAAUCAACAAUUGAAUACCAAUCAACAACCGGGUGGAGGCAAUAGGAACUACGUGCUUGGAGGCAGAAGAAGGUCUAAUUGGUCUCGCAACCCUCAAGAUGGACGUCGCAGCAGCACUCGUAGAAGACAAGAGAGCCUACCGGUGCCUAUAGAGAGUUUCAUACAAGAUUUUAUCUUCAAUCUCUCAGGAGCAGCAAGUCUGAGCAACUCCGUGGGACAAGAUGCACAGCCGUCUGUAUUCAAUGUUAGACUGUUCUUGGGAAAUCCUGGAGAUUAUGUUUGGGGUCGCGAUGGAUUAGACGCUAUUGUUACCCAAUUAUUGAAUCAAAUGGAUGGUACUGGACCACCACCUUUAUCACGCAACCAAAUCGAUGAGAUUCCUACUACUACUAUAAUGCAAAGUCAAGUUGAUUGUAAGUUACAAUGUUCCGUUUGCUGGGAAGACUUUAAGCUAUCAGAACCUGUUAGACAAUUGCCAUGCCAGCAUGUCUAUCACGCACCGUGCAUUGUACCUUGGUUGGAAUUACACGGAACCUGUCCCAUUUGCAGACAGAACUUGGGAGAUCAAAAUCAAGCUGAAGCAAAUCAAGAUACUGCAGCCAACAUAGCAGGAUCCGCUUUAGCCGGAUCCAGUUUUGCUGCUUUAUUCAGGCAAGACCUGUGAUGAAGUUUUUAUUGUAUCAAAUUUCUAUCUUCAAAACCUUGGGCAGCAAACGAAGCAAGCAGAACAGGACAGCCAAUUAGCCGGACAUCGUCCACUUCAUCAUCUACUUCAUCAGAGUAGCUUCAGUACUUGUUCAAGUGAGAUUUGAGAGUGAUAUUUUUCUUUCAACUCCAGUUUCGUAAUUUAGCCGAAUGUAUAUCUAUUUUUAACACAUUGAUAUCACUUCUGGCACUCUCUUGCCUUUAGUAAGGCGUAUAUCUCUUUACAGAUAAAAUGUGUCAACUACAAAAAAUUUGAACUAUCACUUGAUUGAUAUUAUUUCAAUGUAAAGUGUUGAGUUCAAUGAACGAAUGCCGAGUUCGAUUCACCGUUUCGUUCUACAUUCAGCAAAUUGUACUAAACCGAUAUCGGCCAAAAUAACAAAAUCAUAAAUCAAAUUGUUACAUUUGUCUUUGCCUGUUGCGCUAUUUUAAUAUUCAACAUUAAGACAUAACAUAUGUUAAACUAUGUAUCAUCAUCUUUACUAAUGCCAUUUGAAUUUAUGAAUAUUUGGAUGGUUAUUGGAACGUACCAGGCAUUGACAAAUCAAUCAUACACUCUGUUACAUUUCGGAGCAGAAAGGGACUUUUAAUUUAUAAUUUAAUUUCAAUAAAAAUAAAAAAAAGAAAAAUUCUGCAAAAGCAGCCUACGUAGUCGUUAUACACGUCAUUUAUGCGUGGGCAGUUUCAUUUUGUGUAGCAUUAAUUCUAACAAACUCGGAACAGAUCAAAUUUUUUGUUAUUUAUAUGUAAAGUAUAAUUUUUACUCAUCGCCGAGGCUCAGUAAAAUCGAUACAUGUAAGCUUACGCAGUAUAAUUAGAAAAAUUGGGAAACAAACUAAUAAAUUCAGCUAACAAAUAUGGUGCAAUAUAGAUAUCAAGAAUGCUUGAAGAUAAAAAUACUACUUACUACAGAAAAAAAAUAUAUAUAUGUACUUCGAAUUAGAACAUAUCACAUGAGUCAAAAAAUUUAGCAGUUAAGAAGCUAAACAGAAUUAAUAUAAAACAUCUGCAUAUCAAAAUUUUAUUUUUCUGUUUUAUAAUUUUUUUCUUUUGAGUAAAAAAUUAGUAAAACUAGAGCAUUAAUGUUCACAUGAUUUAUUUUUUAAUAUAAUCGUCUAUUGUAAUAUGUAUCUAUACCUUAAUAUUUGAGUCUCGGCGAAUAAAGACGCAUGAGUGUGUAAAAAAUUUGCUUUGUUCAGUUUUUCAAACGUGUAAAAACAUUUUUGUAACCUGUAUCUGACAGAUCCAUUAAUUUUGAAAAAACUAAUUUUUACAACGCAAAUGCAUAAUACAUGAAUAAUACACAUUUGUGACAGAAACUAGCAGCAUAAAAAAAAAUAUAUAUAUAUAUACCUCUAUAUAACAAAGAUACUUGAGAGAAAAUAUGCGCACUCAUGGAGAUAAACCCUUGCAUUCGCAUUUGUGUAGUUUGCAGCAAUCGACGAAGUUACACAUUGUAUAAACAUAAAAUAGAAUAUAGCGUAAAAAAUACGGUUAGAAAUUAUCUAAAUUCUUCCGGCCGAUGUUACUGCAUAUGCAGUUGAAAUGGAUUACUUUCGCAAUAUAUUUGUACAUACGCGAUGAACAAGCAUUCAGCUAGUAUGAGUUAACAAAACAAAAAAUAUCGCGCUAUACUACUAAACGUCUGUUUAAAUUUUAUGCUUUAUACAUAAUUCUGUUGUCCAUUUUUCUGUUCGAUGAUAAAAUAUUGUUUGUUUUAUGAAAGUUAAAUAUUAAGAUAAUAAAAGGGAGAAUUGAGUUUGCAUAUGGAGGGCUAUUAUUGAAUUUCUUUUUUAAUGAGUAAAAUUUAAAACAAGAGCGCUACAGUAUGUGUACAGAAAAGUGAUUACAGUUUAUCUACAGCAGACUGUAACUUUAAAUUUAUAUUUCAAAACAAGAAAAUGAUUCUUUACAUUCUUGUAAAAUCUUAUGAGGCUUGCGAAUUUUACGUUAUUGCAAAUUGUUUUGCUUGGAUACGUCCGAAAGUUCGGGAUCGAUCUUUUUUAAAAUUAUUUUGUUUCUAUGUAUAAUGGAAAAUGACAAUGAAAUAUCUGUCAUAAUAUUACAUUGUGUUUAAAAUUAACAAUUGAUUCAAUUAUAACAUAAAUAUACGAAUGUAAUUAAUGCAAAGAUAAAUAUUAUUGACCUAACAGUAACGACGUUUAAAGUAGCAUUGAUACGACAAAGUUUUCAGAAAAAACGUAUUUUCUUUAAAUAUUAUGCUUUUUACGUUCAUGAUACUUUUCGAUGUGUCAACAAUAAAGCAGCGAUAUUUGUGUUUAUUAUAUAAAGUAAAAUGGAAUAUUUUUCGUUUGUUAUGUAUGUAUAAUAUAAAAAUACAGAAUUUAACAAUGUUUAUACAUGCUUUCUAGCAAAUGGUAGUCUGUAAAUUUAUUAGUAGAACAUUAUGGGAUAUAUUUAUUCGUCAAUAAAGAGAGAGAUCUAAUAUAA